AUGGUAAUGAGUUCCUGGGGAUACGUUUCUCUCGUUACGUAUCGGAAGAAAGUGCCUUUUUUGUGCUUUGACUGUUGUUCUUGGCCUGAUUGGUUGAUUGGAGAUGGUUUCCGGUUCAAGAAUCGAGGGCGGGGCUCAAGUUUUAUCGGCGGGGGGGGGGGGGGGGGUCGGAGAACUAUACAAUCGAUUAAAGAAAUCGUGGGGAAUCACUCUGAUGCUGAUAUCUAUGUGGCGCUUAAAGAAACCAAUAUGGAUCCUAAUGAGACCACUCAAAAGUUACUUAAUCAAGAUCCAUUUCAUGAGGUGAAGAGAAAAAGAGACCGUAAAAAAGAGAAUUCAGGUUAUAAGAAUUAUGUUGCUGCAGAGCCCAGGAAAAACACUGAGCUUGCACGCAUGCCAGUGAAGAAUAGUACUUAUUCUGAUCGAAAUAGUCGAAGAGGUGGAUCUGGUCGGAAUAUUGCAUCGGAUACAGGAGCCAGUCGGGAGUUCCGUGUUGUUCGAGACAAUAGAGUUAGUCAGAAUGCCGGUGCAGAUCCCAAGCCUGCUCAAAGUACAACUUCCACAAAUGAAGGGGUGAUGUUGUGUGGGUCUAUGAAGAGCAAGCCAACUGAAACAUCUGCACAUGAAAAGCCUCCAGUUGGUCAGCAUUCAUCUGAGGCUUUAAACAGUCCUGCUGAUUCCCAACAUAGGCGGACCAAGGAUGCUACGUCAGGUGGUAAUGACCGGAAAGAAAUGCUUGGGGAGAAGCGUGUUCAAAUUCCAAGUGCUAGUUCACGAGUACAAGCAAAGGCAAAUAGUGCCCCACCACAUUCUGCAAAUUCUUCUACAAGUUCUGUCUUGGGGGUUUAUUCAUCCUCUUCUGAUCCUGUGCACGUGCCAUCCCCUCAUUCUAGACCUUCUGCUAAUGUCGGUGCCAUCAGGCGGGAGGUUGGAGUUGUGGGACCUCGUCGCCAGUCAUCUGAAAAUUCUGCUAAGCCUUCUGCAUCUCAAAGCACCUCUUUGCCCAAUACACAAUCAGGAAGAGAUGGUUACUCACGGGAUUCGACGAAACCAUUCAAUGCUAUCCCUAAAAAUGACCAAUCCAAUCAAAAUAUAGCACCUGAGUCUGCUAUACCUGGUGUGCCUGCUGGCCGAUCUUUUUCAAGUAAUCAAUAUGGUAGCAGGUCUCAUCAACUCAUGGGUCAUCAGAAAGCUUCUCAGCCUAAUAAGGAGUGGAAGCCAAAAUCAAGUGUAAAACAAAGUGCUAAUGGGCCUGGCAUUAUUGGAACUCCUGCAAAAACUGUUUCUCCUCCAGUAGACAACCCAGAAGACUUGAAAAAGGAAGCAGCUCAGGUGCAAAACAAUAUGUCACGAUUGAACCUCUCUGAGAACCCUAAUGUAAUUAUAGCUGCACACAUCCGUGUCUCUGACACUGACAGGUGUAGGCUGACCUUUGGCAGCCUGGGGACUGAAUUAGAUGCUACUACAAACUCAAUUUGUGCUACUGCUGAGGAAAUGAGUAAGCUGUGAAUUGGCAGUGUAUCAGUCUCAGCCCCAGAAUCUUCAGGAGAUGAGCCUACUGGUAGCAAACAGUUAGAGAUGACAGAUGACUCUGGCCGAAGUUCUGGAUCAAAUUCUCCUCAGUCAGGUGCUGUGUCUGAUGACCAACUGACUGAGAAGAAAGAGACUUCAGGUCCGCAGAAUCUGGACAACUAUGGUGAUGUUAGGUUGGUACAAGACAGUAGUCCAUCUUACCCUCCGGAAUCGCUACAGCAGCAAGAUACUACUGAAUUGCCAAGCUUAUCGGGUUAUGACCCACAGAUGGGAUAUGAUAUAUCAUACUUCCGCCCAAUUGUUGAUGAAACUGUUAGAGGACCAGGUCUACCAUCAUCUCAAGAGGUGCUGAGUACGCAUACAACAAAUGCCAUCCCUGCUUCCACAAUUGCAAUGGUACAACAGCAGCAGCAGCAGCAGCAGCAGCAACAGCUGGCUCAGAUGUAUCCCCAACUUCAUGUUUCCCAUUUUGCUAAUCUUAUGCCAUAUCGCCAGUUUCUUUCUCCUGUCUAUGUUCCACCGAUGCCUGUGCCUGGUUACUCUAAUAGCCCUGCCUAUCCUCAUCCCUCCAAUGGUAGCAGUUACUUGCUGAUGCCUGGUAAUAGCUCCCAUCUAACUUCAAGUGGUGUCAAGUAUGGCAUCCAGCAAUUCAAGCCUGUACCCACCGGUAGUCCAACUGGGUUUGGAAAUUUCACCAAUCCAACUGGUUAUGCCAUCAAUACUCCUGGGGUUGUAGGAAGUGCCGGGGGGCAUGAUGAUUCAUCUCGGCUCAAGUAUAAGGAUAGUCUUUACGUUCCAAACCCGCAGGCAGAGACAUCUGAAAUUUGGAUGAACCCAAGGGAUCUUCCUGGUCUGCAGUCAGCAUCAUAUUACAACAUGCCUGGGCAGACACCUCAUCCUGCUUAUUUGACGUCACAUAGUGGCCAUGCUUCUUUUAAUGCAGCCGCACAAUCUUCUCAUAUGCAGUUUCCAGGCAUGUACCAUCCUCCCCCACAGCCUGCUCCAAUUGCGAGUCCUCAUCAUCUGGGCCCCGCCAUUGGUGGUAAUGUUGGAGUUGGCGUAGCUGCUCCAGCUCCAGGAGCACAAGUGGGUGCCUAUCAGCAGCCUCAAUUGGGUCAUUUGAAUUGGACUGGAAACUUCUGAAUAGAGUUCAUUGGAGCAUCUGGUCUCCAUGGAAGGACAUUAGCUGUAGGUAUUUCUAAUUUUGUUGUUAUUAAAUGUGAAGAAUUCUAUCUUUUUAAUCAAUGCAUUAAGUCGUGUUCCCGUCUUCA